AUGACCUUUGCCCGUGCCUCGCUCGCCCUCCUCGCCCUCGCCGGCCUGGCCCGCGCCCAGAGCGACGACGCCAGCUACGAGCAGGUGGCCACCAUCCAGGAAAACUUCCCCGCCGCCCUCAUCACCCCCACCUACUUCCCCGACAGCUGGUUCGACAUCCAGGGAGUCCUCAACGUCUCGUUCGGCGGCGUCAGCGUCGGCAACAUCGGCGACCGCCUCAACCUCGACCAGGUCCAGACCAGCCCCACCUACCGCAUCUCGACCGAGACCAAGCACGCCGACGACGCAGACACCUUUGACGGCGAGCGCCGCUUCACCGUCGCCUUCCUCGACACGUUUGUCGCCGGAAAGGACUUUGGCGGCAAGGUCAACAUCCACGGCCUCGGCAACGACUACGCCGUCGGCGACAACGGCAGCCUCACCAACCGCUCCAUCAACGCCGUCCCCUACGCCGCACCCAACCCGCCCGCCAACGACGGCCCGCACCGCUACGUCCAGCUCGUCAUCCAGCAGUUCCCCAACUUUACCGCCCCCGAGCUCGGCUUCACCGGAGCCGUCGGCGUCAACCAGUCGUUUGUCGACUACUACAACAACGCAAAGGGCGGCCUCGGCAAGGUCGUCGCCGCAAACUACAUCCAGAUCGAGGUCGGCCAGGCCGCAGCCCCCGCCACCACCGCCGCCCCGGCCCCGAGCGCCGUCUCGUCGCUGGCCGCCCAGAAGAGCGCUGCUGCCUCGACGAGCGGCACCAGCAGCGGCUCGAGCGCCAAGCCGUCCAGCACUGGCGCCGGCUCUGGCUCUGGCUCCGGCACCAGCGGCGCCAUGUCGGUCGGCGCUGCUCCUCUGGCCGCCAUGGCCGGCAUGGGAGCUGCUGCCAUCCUCGGUGCCCUCCUCCUCUGA